UGACAAGCCAGUCCCUUUCUGACAAUUCUUUUCUGGGCUCGAUCAGCAGGUCAGCACUAUUUGGAAUCGAUGCAGCGAGGAGACCAGAGAGCAGCAGCAUGUCACGAAACCACGAAUACCCACGACAUGACAGUCUUCCACUCUAUACAAUCAGAAGAUGCAACGUUGAUAACGCAGCAUUCUCGAGAGAGGUAUCGCGCGAGAAGGAAGAAAAGCCCCGAGUCUCCAUCACGGCCAUGGACCAUGACAUGACGCUCGACAGACUCCACGUAGCUAAAGCAGCAAGCGAAAUAUCCGCGUUCCGCCCGUGUGCCACGGCCCGUUGGAGCCAACGACGUGCCAAGUUUCGAACGGGUGCCCGGCCAAGACCCCGCGCUCUACCUAGCGUCGUGUGCUGA